UGGGAGCUUCCGCUUCGGCUGUGAGCGAGCUGGCACCGCAGGAGGAUGAACAACCAGCGAUGUAGCACUUUAUUCCUGAAACUGAAAGGACGGAGGGGGAUCAUACACUGUAUCUAUGUGGUGGGCUUCAUGGACUUGUUCGGGGUGAGCAUGAUCAUCCCGCUCUUGAGCCACCAUGUAAAGGCUCUUGGAGCGAGUCCCACAGUGGCUGGAGUCGUGGGAUCUACGUAUGGAAUAUUGCAGCUUUUCUCCAGCACAAUAGUAGGCAGCUGGAGCGACGUGGUGGGGCGGCGAUACUCCCUGCUGACUUCCAUCCUGCUGAGCGCCUGCGGCUAUGGCCUGCUAGGGAUUUCUACAAGCAUCACUUUAUUUGUCCUCGCACGAAUACCUGUGGGACUGUUCAAACACUCCUUGUCCAUCUGCAGAGCUUUGCUGUCAGACCUGGUGUCUGAAUCAGAGCGCCCUCUUGUGAUGGGACACUUUAACGCAGCUUCCAGCGUCGGCUUCAUCCUGGGUCCUGUAGUAGGCGGCUACCUCACUGAGCACGAAGGAGGCUUUUACACCUCCUCAUUCACAUGUGCAGCCAUCUUUCUUAUCAAUGCUGGGCUGGUGUGGUUGCUGCCAUGGAGCGAGACGAUAACCGAUCGAAACGCAACUAACGGCAGCAACAGCGCCAGUAAAAGAUGCCACAAUGAAUACUGCGGCAAGUCUGUGCAAAACGGCUCUCACGCAAACAACCACCACUCGGCGUUACCGACGGAGACCGAAGCGGAGCGCAGAGCUGCUGGGAAGCCUGGCCUCAGGUGGAGGGAGGUGUCACUGCUCCAGCCUGCGUGGAGACAGCUCACCUCCGUCAGCUCCAGGAUUCACAUGGUGGCCUCUUCUGACAUGUGGGACCUCUUUCUGGUGCGUCUCUUGAUGGCCGUAGCCAUCAUGCUCUACUACAGUAACUUCUCUCUGGCCAUGGAGGAGCGUUUCUCGAUGAAACCGAAGAUGACGGGUUAUCUGAUCAGCUACAGCAGCACCUUAGGGGCCCUGGCCGGGUUCCUGGUGGGGCCGGUCACACAGCUCUACAGAAACAACAUGCCCGCUCUGCUGCUUCACUCCACCAUGCUCACCUGUCUGCUCAUUUUCCUCUACGCCGCCGCUCCGAGUGUGUGGCAGGUGCUGCUCACCUCCUCCUUCUUCGCCAUUUCUACCUCUAUCGGACGGACGUGCAUCACAGACCUGGAGCUUCAAAGGGGAGGCGUCCACACCAGCGGGACUCUGAUCGGGGCCGGCCAGUCGGUGACGGCCGUGGGUCGCGUCCUGGCCCCGCUCCUCUCCGGUCUGGCCCAGGAGAUCAGCCCCUGCGGACCGCCCAGUCUGGGGGUUGUGCUCGCUCUGGCAGCUGUGGGUUUGCUCCUCGUCAGAAUCCCAAAGUGGGACAGGAGGGCGCUGGCAAAAACAGUAAAAUUUUAAAACAGUUUCCGCAGCUGAAUGAUGAUCUUUUAUUGAGUCAGAUCUACCACUUUUGGAAGUGCUCUUAUUUGCAGCAAGCAGCUGUGGUGAACAGCAGACCCUCGGCGUGAACAGAGUUUCUCACAAGGUCGAGUCAUGACCUUGUGUCAUGACAGUCCCUUUCUCUCAGGGACCGUGGACGUUUGCAGCUUGGAGGAAACGGCUGCAGAGUUUCUUGUGCUUCCAUAAAUGCUGAAGUCAGGGCCUUAACUUUGGCUCGGUGUCCUUGUUACUGCAAUAAUCUACGCUGUGUUGUUAAUUUAGUUCUGUCGGCACUACUUACAGGUAUACUGAUUUAUGAAGACACAAGACCACUGAAAUUGUCAUUAUUGGAGAUCCACUGGUUAUAACUUUGUGACCAAUACUCGUUCUGAAACUGUUGGAAAGGUUCGCAAGGGUUUUAUCCGACUCUAAUUUCUCUUUCCAAACCAUUUGUGUGCAUUUCAAAUGUUUCUGCUGUAAGCAGUCAUUAAAUAUUUAUAUUAGAAAUGUUCAGAUGUAAAAAAAAAAUAAAUAAAAGGGGGUUUUACUAUCUUAGAAGAAACACUAAUUGAUGUUGCCGUUUACAUUUUAAUUCUGUUCAAACUUCCCAUUAUCUACUUUACUCCAUUACAUCCUGAUUUUUUUACUGUUAUAUUUCCAUUAUACACAUUUUUGUGUGUGUGUGGGGGGGGGGGGGGUUC